UCAGCCCGGACCAGGUAAAAUGCACUUUGCUAACGAGCGGUAUGCUAAGUACCAAAUCCAUUCAGUCUCCCCGUGUCCCGUUACCACUUCUCUCUGGGAGGGUACUACUUAUUCCUCCAACUGGCUUUGUUACGGGCAAACGCCCAGGAAAAAAGGGAGAGGAGAAAGUGUGUAAAACGGUCGACCUCAUUUGAGUGGUUGUCUGGGUCUGGGGAGGAGUGACAUGACAUGGGAGAGUUGUCACAGAUACUUCAAGGUGAACUUUUCAGCACAGCGUGCAAGAUGGCCGCCGUUCGGGAAUUUUUGCCAAAGAACCACAGACUUAUUCUCUUCCAACGGGCUAAAUCAGAAGGUUCAGCAAGAUUCAUCGAGAACAAGAAGAAGAGGAAGGGUCCUGAAAACACAGAAGCUCUUACAGGGGAGGAAGCGAAGUCAUUCUACGAGGAUAUCGUCGCAUCUUCGUCAGUUGCAGACGACGAGACCAAAUAUCGACGUCAGCCAAACGCCAAAAACGUCACCCAAACAUCAAAGCAGCGUUCCCGCAAACGUCGGAAGGAGACGCACCAGACGGAGACUGUUAAGGGAAAAGAUCAGAACAAAGAACCUCCUUUCACUGCAACGGUGUCGGCCUUUCUUAGGUUCGCUCAAGACGGUGACUUGGAGGGUGUAGAAAAAUACAUCUCGCAAGGUGGCGCUGAUUUGAACGCCACGGACCCUUUUGGGUGGACGGCUUUGAUGUGUGCUUCUUUCGCCGGGCACCAAAGUGUCGUGCGAUGUCUCCUGGAGCACGGCGCGAACUGGAGAGAACAAGCGGACUCCCGGGGAAGAAACGCUCUCGAUUUAGCGAGAAAAGCAAGACACCAGAACAUUGUAGAUCUGAUCCAAGAGUUCUCGAACAACGGUAUUCUCUCUGUCGCCAAGGACGAUCAGGAGGAAACAGGCCAAGACCAAAACGGUUACUUUUGCGGUGUUUGUCAACAAGAGUUCAAGGAAACUUCCAAGGAAGACCACGAACAUUCGACUGUGCAUCUAUUCAACUGCCAGCACGCCCCGCCCUCUACUAUGUACUUUCUACCCGAGAGUAACAGAGGUUUUCAGAUGAUGCUGCGGGAGGGCUGGGACAGGGAGGAAGGGUUAGGGAGAGACGGUCGUAAGGGCCAGAAAUUCCCGGUUAAAACUGUGCUGAAGAGGGACAGAACUGGACUAGGGGCUAGACAAGAUUACAGGGCAAAAGUGACGCAUUUCUCCUCCCGCGACACUAAGGCGGUCAAGAAACCGCAGGAAUCGGAGAAGAAACUGAGAAAGAGGACGCUGUCUAGGAGAGAAAGGACCGCAAAGGAGAGAAAGGAGAAGCAGUGGGAGAGGGAUUUUAGGGCUUCAUUUAACACGGAUUUUUGACGAAACGUUGUCUCUGAAAUAUCAACGAUAAAAAGAAGACUACGGUCUGUAGUCACCUAUCGUAUCUACUAUGUGUUCUAUGGAUUGAACUGAAAUAAAACAUCACGAAU